AUGAAUAGGAUUUUGAGGAGGUUUGCAGCAACAAAGCUGAUGAGACAGUUCCUGUUAUCCGCGAACACAACAAUGUGCGUGACACAAUUAUCCUUUGGAGACUUUCUACAACAAUACAUUCAUGGUGAUAUCGAGGCUAAAGGAUGGGAUAUGGCUCGAUCUGCUCGUCUCGGAGGCGCUGGAUUCGUUAUUGGUCCAAUGAUGACGAUAUGGUAUCGUUUCCUCGAUGGCUUUUAUGUUGGUCGUCGAUGGAGACUCGUUCUGAAGAAAACACUUGUAGACGCUUGUACUAACCCUGUGUAUUCAUCUACUAUCAUAACAGUGUGUGGUCUAUUAGAAGGUAAAACGUUCUUUGACGCCUUUGCGGAGUACACAUCAAAGAUGUUCUAUAUACUGAAGGUUGAUCUUUCAAUAUGGCCUAUUUGUCAGCUUAUAUCAUUUCGAUUUGUUCCCCCACAACUACGCGUCUUUUACAUCAAUGUAGUAUACCUCUUCUAUUGCAUUAUAAUUUCGUUCAUCAAGCAUAACAAGAAGGAAGAGAUUGAAAAACAUUUCCAACUUCUGAUUAACUUGUAUGAGAAACGUCGCGUGAGGAUAGGUGAUUUUAGAUGA